AUGCACCGCGCAGCUCUCCAGACGCAGCAGCAAGCCGACGCGGAACGCCAGGCAGCCAACGGUGGCGCCAAUCCGGAUGCUCCUCAGCCUUCUGCGGCCCCCGGCAGCAACGCGGCCUUGCCGGCGCAAGGGGCAGAUCGACCUGCCGUGUUUGCAAACCGGGAACAGGCUGUCGCUGCCGACAAGCGCGUCGUGAUCAACUCUCCCCGGCUUGAAGGGUCGAUCAACCUUUCGGGCGGGCGUCUCGAUGACCUGCGCCUGAAGGACUACCACGAGACCGUCGACAAGAGCAGUCCGACGAUCGCCCUGUUUUCACCCAAGGGCAGCCCGAACCCCUAUUACACCGACUACGGCUGGGUUGCCGAUCCGGGAGCCAACGUGCCCCUGCCCGGCCCCGACACGGUCUGGUCGGUCGACGGCGAGACGACCCUGACACCCACCACACCGUUGACCCUUGUUUGGAACAACGGUGCGGGCCUCACCUUCAAACGAACCUUUUCCGUCGACGAGAAUUAUCUGUUCACAGUUGCCCAAUCCGUCGAAAACACGUCUUCGGCAGAUGUCACGCUUUAUCCCUAUGGCCUGAUAGCCAGGAAAGGCGUGCCUGAAACCACGGGCAUCUGGAUCCUUCACGAAGGCCUCCUGGGUGUAUUCGGCGAGGAAGGCCUUCAGGAAAUCGACUAUUCCGACCUGGAAGACGAAGGCACGAUCCGUCCGGCCAGCGUAGACAACGGCUGGCUCGGCAUAACCGACAAGUACUGGGCCGCGACGCUCAUGCCGGUCCCCGGCCAGGAGUUCCAGCCGAGUUUCAGUUUCUCCCGGACGACAGGAAAUUUUCAGGCUGACUAUCUGGGCACCGGUGUCGCCGUCCCUGCAGGUGGCACGGCGGAGACCAGCUCAUAUCUGUUCGCCGGUGCCAAGGAAACGAAGCUGAUCGAUGCCUACGAGGAAUCGCUCAAUCUCAACCGGUUCGAACUGAUGAUCGAUUGGGGCUGGUUCUAUUUCCUGACGAAGCCGAUGUUCUUCGCGAUCGACUACUUCUUCCAUCUGAUAGGCAACUUCGGCGUCGCCAUUCUGGUGGUAACCGUCAUCAUCAAGCUGAUCUUCUUCCCGCUGGCCAACAAGUCCUACGUCUCCAUGAGCAAGAUGAAACUUGCGCAGCCGCAGAUGACGGAAAUCCGCGAGAAAUACUCCGAUGACCGACAGAAACAGCAACAGGCGCUGAUGGAGCUCUACAAGAAGGAAAAGAUCAAUCCGCUGGCCGGCUGCCUGCCGAUCCUGAUACAGAUCCCGGUCUUCUUUGCGCUCUACAAGGUUCUGUUCGUCACCAUCGAAAUGCGUCACGCGCCCUUCUUCGGCUGGAUUCAGGAUCUGUCCGCGCCCGACCCGACCUCGCUCUUCAAUCUCUUCGGCCUGAUCCCCUGGGAUCCCCCGCAAUUGCUGAUGCUGGGCGUCUGGCCGCUGGUCAUGGGUAUCUCCAUGUUCGUUCAGAUGAAAAUGAACCCGGCACCGCCUGAUCCCACCCAGCAAAUGAUCUUCACCUGGAUGCCCGUUGUCUUCACCUUCAUGCUGGCAUCGUUCCCGGCAGGACUUGUGAUUUACUGGGCCUGGAACAACACGCUGUCGAUUACGCAGCAAUACGUGAUCAUGCGCCGUCAGGGAGCCAAGGUGGAACUCUGGGACAAUAUAGGGUCCAUGUUCAAGCGAAAGAAACCGGCCUCGGACGACAAGGGCUGA